CAUCAUCCGUGGGAGAAGUUUAUUGAUUUUUAUUUUGGUAUUGGCCUCACAUACAAAGAUAUUAAAUCAGUUCUUGGCCGGAGACAUGGCUUUGACAUAAGUGAGAGACAUCUGAAAAGAUUACUCAGCGCGAGGGGACUUUCUCGUCGUAAAGAGUACUGUGAUCUUGCAGUCCUGGUUGAAUUCAUCAGCAACCAACUACAGUACUCUGGCCAGCUUCACGGGUACCGGUGGAUGUACGCAAAGUGUCGAGAACAUGGACUACGGGUAAAGAAGGAGGAUGUGCGGUUGGUGUUGAAGGAGCUGGAUCCCAGAGGAGUGUCGCUAAGGCAAGCAGGACGUUUACGACGACGGCGCUACUUCUCGAGAGGUCCUAACUUCAUUUGGCACAUUGACUCGUAUGAUAAACUGAAGCCAUAUGGAUUUUGUAUCAACGGAAGCAUCGACGGUUUUUCUAGGAAAAUAAUCUGGCUUAAUGCCUACACCACGAAUAGUGACCCAAAGUUGAUCGGAGGUUACUACGUUGAAGCAGUGCAACGUUUAGGAGGCUGUCCAAGGAUUGUGAGAGGCGAUCUCGGGACCGAAAACGGCCAUGUUCGACGCUUUCAGCGGUUCCUCGUCCCCAUUCAUCCAGACGGCACUUUUGACAGCUAUUUGGAGGGAGCUAGCACCGCCAAUCAACGGAUCGAAUAUUGGUGGGGUGUUCUCCGCAACCAGUGUGUGGAGUUCUGGUUGUCCUUGUUUGCAGACAUCAGAGACAACGGGUUUUUUGACGGCGGGUUUCUGGACAAGGCCAUCCUUCAAUUUUGUUGCAUGGGACUCAUCCAGGAUGAGUUGGAUGACACUGCACAGGUUUGGAAUGCACACACCAUCAGACCAUCAAAUAACAUCCCCAGUGGUCGGCCCAAUGUGAUGUAUGCAUUACCUCAACUCUAUGGGACCAGAGACUUCCUUUCCCCUGUUGAAGAUGAAUAUCUUCAGCUGUGCAAAGAAGAAUGCGUCUUUCGCCGGGCGAUACCAUGUGAUUCAGAUGUGAAUGAACUCUGCAACAUCUUAAUGGCAGAGUCUCAUCUGACUCUGCCAAGAGAUCCCUACCAAGCUGUGAACUUAUAUUUUCACUUAAGAGAAGCCAUCACUUCAUCUCUGUAAGUCAGGGAUAUUUCAUUGUGCCCUGUCGCGGCCAUUGUGUUGAGUAGGGAGGUGUGCUACUAUGAUGUAAAUGUCCACAUCACUCCUCACUUCUGUCAUUGUAUUUGUUUUACAACUGGAAGAUGGGAAAAUUUUUCCUCUUUUCUCUGUUUUAUGUUAUAUAAAAGUGAUUCUUUUGAGAUUUUUUGACAAAACAAGACAUUUAAAGAUGUCAUCUUAAAACUCUGAUAUUUUUCUGUCUAAAUGAUUAUUGAUGAUGAAGAGAAUCAUUAGUUGCAGCCCUAAUCAAGUGAUAUGUAACUGACAGUGAAGAUAUCUGUGGAUGAAUGAACUUUAUAGCCAAGUACUGCAAUGUCAGAG